AUGAUGAUGUCUGGACUAAUUCAAGAGCCGAUGGAGCCGAUACCCGAAGAAGGCACAGAUGUCGACGGAUCUGAAUGGGGCACAUCGGAAGGAGGCACCGCACGGCGGACAUUGAGAAAAAAGGAAGUGUACACUUCGGAGCAGAUAAGUACACUUGUAAGUACUGUUCCGAAAGAAGCUGUUCCUGUUGAGUGGAUUGUUGAGAAUCAAGUUGUGGAUCCAGAAAUGGCCACUUCGUACUUGACCGAAUCACUAGCGGGUCCGAAUAGUGCUCGCGGCUCAUCCUAUUCAUAUUCAUACGAAUCACAUUACGACAAUCUUCCGGAAGAAGAAUAUGAGCAAAUAACGAACUCGGAAGGUGUACAGCAAACGCAAAAGGUUACUCGAGUGACGAAAGUAACGACGACACGAUCCGUGCGUCAGAUACCCGUCACUUCACCGUACGCCAACAUCGAUUUCGAUUCGAGCGGUCUUCCGACGCCAUCGCCGGUGGUUGAUCGCGACGGAAACAUGGACUAUUUGGGGAUGAGGUUGCAUGAUGUCGAUAGUGAAGAUCGAGCAGCUCCGCCACCAGCACCACCACUAGGAAGUCGAUACAAAUCGAAUCAUGAAGAGAGUGGAACUCCAUCAGCUCCAGGUGUUCCAGACAUUGUCGAAACCGGAAUCGGCGAAGUCACCGUCGUGUGGAGUCCACCGCUUCAUAAACCGGGCGAUGCCGAUGUCCUCGGCUACCAGCUUCAAAUGAGAGAAUUGCCACACGGCGAUUGGGAAGACAUGGGAGUCGACCAACUCAUCAGAGACACGUCAUGUCGAGUUACCAAUUUGACAUCUCAAGAAGUUCAAUUCCGAGUUUCGGCAUACGGUCGAAGUGGAUUUGGGCCAGCAUCGAACGCAUCCCUUCCCGUCAAAAUUCCGAUUAGCGAAGAAGAAAUCGCAUCAUCUGCCGGUGCGCCUCUGGCUCCUGGUAAACCAGCAGUUAUCGCAGUCGACGGACAAGGUGCCCUUAUUGAAUGGUCCGCGCCGGUUGCCGAUGUCAAUUCGUCACCGCCACAAGGAUAUCAAAUUGAAUAUCGUGUUUAUGGUAGUAGAGAUUGGAUGGUUGCGAAUGAGAACAUUGUCACCGACACUAUGUUCACUGUCGAGAACUUGCGACCUAAUGGCGUCUACGAAUUUCGAGUUCGCGGCAAAAACGCUGACGGCCUCGGACAGCCAAGCAUGAGUUCUGGAGCAGUGGCGAUCAAACCCGCCGCUCCACAAAGAUCGAUCCCCGCGCGGCCGGUGUCUUCAAAUAUUCAACCGCCAGGACAACCGCAAAUGGUAGAAGCAGGAGAUGAUUGGGUAAAACUCGAAUGGUCGCCGUCAACAGAGGCCGCCGGCUAUGUCGUUGAAUAUCGAGAAGUCGGAGAUCCGAUUUGGCAUACCGCCAACUAUGAUCCGAUUGCGCAGAACGGCAUUCAAGUCGAAGGCCUACGUCGUAAUUCAACAUACGAGUUCUGUGUGAUUGCCGUCGUUGAGGGAAUGUCGUCAGUGCCUUCGGAAACGUCAGAUGUAAUUCAUCUACGACCAAUGGGUCGCGCAUCUAGUCUACGCGGACCUCCGGAAAUGACUCAGGCGCCAGAGUUCUUUGAAGUUGACGGUGACAAGAUUACGAUUUGUUGGUUACCAGCACAUAGCAGUCUUCCUGUCAUGGGAUAUGAUGUUGAGUUUCGCGAUGUUCAGCAAGACAAUCGAUGGUAUAAAGUGAAUGACCAACCAGUGUUCGCGUGCAAAAUGACCGUCGGAGAUUUGAUCUACGAUCACGACUACCAAUUCCGAGUUCUUGCGCACAAUGCGGCCGGAUGUUCUCAGCCAUCACCACCGUCGCCAUUCGUGCACAUUGAGCCGAGCAAUGGGAGAAUGAGUCAUCAGGAAGCGCCGAUCAAAUACGUCGAGGCAGAACGAUUCGGUGCUGUUCCGCUGCUUCAAGAGGAGAUGGUCCGCGAAUCGCCACCGCUUCCCGAACGCGAUGAUUCGCCUCCACCGCUUAGACGAACCAACAACAACGUGCAAUGGCGCGAUCCUUCUCUAAAAGAGGUCAUUGAGUACUUGUCUUCUCCCGAUAAGGAUAAACAAUUGAAUGCCAGUGGAUAUUUGCAACAUUUGACUUUUAGUGACAAUUUGAUCAAAGAUGAGACUCGAGAAUAUGGUGGAAUUCCGAAACUCGUUGCUCUUCUGAAAAGUGAUGAUACGAGAAUUCAGAAGAACGCAUGCGCUUGUCUUAAAAAUCUGUGUUUCGGAAAAGAGAACGACGCGAAUAAAAUGGCUGUGCUUGAUGCAGAUGGUGUUAAACGACUUUCUGAAGUUCUUCGCGCCACUUACGAUGCAUCUGUGAAGGAAGAAGCAACUGCCGCUUUGUGGAAUCUAUCGUCUUCUGACAUGCUGAAACCAUUUAUUCUCGAAUCAGCAACAGAUGUUUUGUGUCAACAGGUGGCGAUCCCGCAACCGACGAGUCAAAACGGAAAUGCUAACGGGCAUACGAAUGGAAUUGAUCCAAUGAAGCAUUAUAAUACGACGCUGUUCAAGAAUUCCACCGGAGUAUUACGAAACAUAUCCGCUGCUACGCAACAAGCUCGACGACGCUUACGAGAUGUUCCGAAUCUUAUCGAGGCUUUAGUUCAUUUCCUGACACACGCCAUUCAAAGAAACCAAGUUGAUUCGCCGACAGUGGAAAAUGUUGUUUGUGUGCUCAGGAAUCUCAGCUAUAGGAUUCAAGAAGUAGUAGAUCCGAAUUAUGAUCCUUCGACGGCUCACUUGAAUUACAAAUCAAGCAAACACUCAUUGGCGAGCCCGAAACCGAAAAAGAAGGAUAAGAAGAAAGAUGGAAUGAAUCCGAAGAACUUAGUGUCUGGAGCUGCAAUUCUUUGGCAACCGCACGUCGUCAAGCUCUACUUGAAACUCCUUCAAGAUGCUUCUAAUAUAGAUACUCUUGAAGCAUCAGCAGGAGCAAUUCAAAAUCUAGCCGCUUGCCAGUUCCCACCGUCGGCAGAAGUUCGAGCAGCGGUCCGCGUAGAGAAGGGAUUGCCGGUUCUUGUCGAACUCAUACGUCUUCCUGAAGAUUUCGUAGUGUGCGCGGUGGCAACUGCGUUGCGAAAUUUGUCGAUUGACCCACGAAACCGGGAACUCAUUGGGAAGUACGCUCUUCGUGAUCUCCUUGACAAAUUACCGGAGCCUGGAGCAAGACGGCCGCCGAUUUCCGAUCAGACGAUUGGAGCCGUUCUUGGAAUUCUUUUUGAAGUUGUUCGAAGUAGUGCAAAUUAUACAAAGGACCUUCAUGAAUAUAAAGGCACUGACAAACUCCGAGCCCUGUCUCGCGCAUAUCCGACUUAUUCGCAUAGAGUUUGCAAAUAUGCCAGUCAAGUGUUAUACGUGAUGUGGCAGCACAAAGAAUUACACGACGGCUUCAGACGGAGCGGAUUGAAAGAAUCCGACUUUUAUUCUGGAACAGCCAAAAGAGGCGACUCUUCCACAUUGGCUCGCCCAAUAUCUUCGCAAGGCCGAGAACGACCUAUCGCCCCUGCUACGAAUCUCGACGACACCUAUAGCAGCGGAGGAUAUGGCAGUGUUCCAGAUGGGCGUACAGCUAAUGCGCGACCGACGUCGGCAACAUCACAAACUAUUCAGAGACGAUAUGACCAACCACCUAGAGAGCCCAUGUACGCAUCAGUUAGAAAAGGAAAUUCGCCAAAGGGCGUUGAUGAUAGUUGGGUUUAG